UUUAUCUACAGAUUAUAAAGUCAGAGUGUCUUCAUGAUUUUUGUCAUCGUGACUCUGCUCAGCUGCUUCAUCAACAGUCCUCUAAUGGGAUUUGGCGAAAGAGAAAUGUCAUCUCAUCCAGAUCAUGAGACCAAUGCCGUCCUGAGAGCUUCCCAUCUGCCUCUGGUUCGCUCAGCGUUACAGAUGGUGACUUCGAUGUACUCGGGGGUCAAAGCUCGCAACCGUCUGCUGGGUCUGAUGGGAGGAAUGGCCGAGGUCGGAGUUCGCAGCUUUUCCCAAGAGGCCAUGAGACGAGCCACGCCCCUCCUGCAGAGUUUGGAGCCACAGAUCGAUGCUGCCAACAGUUUUGCGCUCGUUGGUCUUGAUCACCUGGAGAAAACCUAUCCGAUCCUGAACCAGUCAACAGACGAGGUUAUGACUCACCUGAAGGACGCCUUCUUCCUGACCCUGGAUGACGUGCAGCUGUGGGUGGUGGACGGCCUGGACGCAGCUCUGGAUCAGGUGGAGCGUCUGGCCGACGUAGGCCGGGUGGCUGUGCAGCAGCUGAAGAACACUCAGGUGGGCCAGGCCGCCAUGUCGGGACUCGAUGACGUGCUGAGUCGCGUGGAGGACGCCACCGCCUACUACCUGCCCCUCCCACCCACACUGCGUCAGGAAUGGGAGCUGAGGGUGCAGCAGUACGAGAGUGAAGACGAUGGCGAUGAGCCCAGUAUGUGGACGAGGGUCCGCAGCCUCCUGCUGACUCUCAGCCUGCAGCUUUAUCACCGCCUGAUGAAGAUCAGAGAGCAGCUGCAGAGAGCCGUCAGGGCGAUGGGAGACGCUGCCGACAAGGUUGGUCUGCUUCGGGUCCUCAAGUUGUCCGGUGACCUGCUGCAAUUCCUGCAGGGCCUCCUGGUGGCGCUGGUGUACCAAGCAGAGGCCCUCAGAGAGGCCUCUCUGAAUGCGGUCAGAGUUCGGGCGACCAUGUUGGCAGAGCUGCGUGUGGUUCGUCUGGUCCGAGGAGUACCCCUCCAAAUCCAGGAGCUGCUUCAAGAGCUGAGGGAAGUGGCCAAGAUCAUCCUUCAGUUCGUGUUCAACACCACACCACUUUACAACAUGCUGCAGAAGCCAUCUCCUCAGGAGGUGGAGGAAUUCUUGAACCAAGAGGAGCUUGUAUCCGACAACUCGUCCCGUCGCGGCUCCAGUAACAGCCUCUUCCUGAAGGCCAUGGACGGCCGUCCUCGCCGCCGCCGGAGCCUGUACUCCCGCGCUGCACGAGGUUCCGGGGGUCCUGUGAGCCCCGACCCAACUAAUGGCUGUCGUCGCUCGAGUCUGAAGGAGCCCCAAGCCACAGAGGUGGAGGGCACGCCCCUCCCUUCCGAAGGCGCCGCCCUUCGACGGCCAUCUGCCGCCGAGCUGCUCCUCGCCCCGCUCAAACAGUUCGUCUCCCAGAGCCAGAAGGCCUUCGAGUACCUGACCCCCAACUCCUCCGAAAAUGCUGCCAACGCUACAGAAACAACCGACUCCUAAACACCACGCUGAGGUUU